AUGAUUCAAGAUCCAGUGAAGAUGGAUACUGAGCCAGCGCUGGCCACUGUCAUGAUGAUGCAGGUUUCGGCGCGAUUGUUUGGCGAUGAGGAUGAAGCCAACGUCGCGAACCAUCUGACUGGCGCCAAAGCCAUGAUAACAGGGCGUAGUGGGGGUAACUGGCUUGUCUCAUCGAGUGCUCGCUUCCUCCUGAGCCUGUUUGCAUACCACGACAUUCUGUCUUCCGUGUCAAGAGGCUCGCAGCCAUUAUUGGAUCAUGAAAUGGACUUUGUCGCCAUCGAAGGGGAGAAAGAGCUAGAAAGUAUCGCAAAAGUCCUAGUGGUCGUUGCAAAGAUCAGUCAGCUGCAACACGCUAUCAAGACGAGAAGAGCGCUAUCACCAACAAGCCCUGCUUUGUCGGAAGAUGAAAAUACCACUGGCCAACAUAUCCAGCAAAUUCUAUUAGCCAUGGAAUUCGGUGCAUGUAAGAGGGGGAACAGCGAAGAGCGCAUAGACAUUAGCUCGACAGCUGAAGCUUAUCGCCACGCCGCCUUCAUUUACCUCUACCGAACCUGGCUUGAUAUAGGUGCUCCCAAUCCGAUAAGCAUGGAGCAUAUCAAUCAGUGUCUAUCACAGCUACAACAAGUCGACAUUCGUUCGCCUUUAACAUCAGCGCAUAUGUGGCCGCUGUUCACCGCGGGCUGCGAAGCGAUCGACAGCACACAACGACAAUUCGUCCGUGAUCGAUUUGAAAAGCUGUAUGCUGUAAAGCAUUUCCCCAGCUUGAAACGCGUCAUGCGCGAUAUCGAACAUGUUUGGGCAGCCAAGGAUAUGGAGCAGCAGAUGAAAGGCCAGGAUGGAAUGGCCAAGGUUGACUGCAUCCAAGUCAUCCUAAAAAGGAGGGGGCGGGAGGUCGAUCUUGCGUGA